CCACUUCUGAAGUUGGGGCAUCCCCAGGAGACACCAGCAGCCAAGAUGUCCACACAGAGCACACCCGCCCCGGAGCCCGAGGCCUCGAACCUGCAGCCUGGGACUCCAGAGGCCCCCAGCCGCCUGCGGCGCCACACGCUUCCCGCCAGUGAGUUCCGCUGCCUCACUGUGGACCAUGCCAGAGGCGUGUUUGAGAUCGAGCGCGAAGCCUUCAUCUCCGUCUUGGGCACCUGCCCCUUAUAUCUGGAUGAGGUCAAGCAUUUCCUGACCCUGUGUCCAGAGCUGUCCCUGGGCUGGUUCCAGGAGGGGUGCCUCAUAGCCUUCAUCAUCGGCUCGCUUUGGGACCAGGAGAGACUCACUCAGGAGUCGCUGACGCUGCACCGGCCCGGGGGCCACACUGCCCACCUGCACGUGCUGGCCGUGCACCACGCUUGCCGUCACCAGGGCAAGGGCUCCACACUGAUGCGGCGCUACCUGCAGCACCUGGGCGGCCAGCCGGCGGUGAGCCGGGCCGCGCUCAUGUGCGAGGACAGACUGGUGCCCUUCUACCAGGGGUUCGGCUUCAGCCCCGUGGGCCCCUGCGCCAUCACCCUGGGCCCGCUCGCCUUCACGGAGCUCCAGUGCUCCAUGCGAGGCCACGCGUCCCGGCGUCGGAACAGCGGCUGCUGA